AUGGCUACCCCAGGAAACUCUAAGCACCGUGCCUGGUGGAAAGAAAGCUCUGUAUACCAGAUCUGGCCUGCCUCCUUCAAGGAUUCCAAUAAUGAUGGUAUCGGUGACAUUCCCGGUAUCAUCUCCGAACUGGACUACAUCAAAAACCUCGCUGUGGAUAUCGUUUGGUUGUGCCCAUCAUACAAAUCACCGCAGGUCGAUAUGGGCUAUGAUAUCUCCGAUUACUAUAGCAUCGCCGAUGAGUACGGCACAGUUGAAGAUGUUGAGAAAUUAAUUUCUGGAUGUCACGACCGCGGUCUGAAACUCCUGAUGGAUCUAGUCGUCAAUCAUACUAGUGAUCAACACGAAUGGUUCAAGCAGUCGCGCAGCUCCAAGGACAAUGAGUACCGCAACUGGUAUAUCUGGAAGCCGGCCAAAUAUGAUGAACAGGGAAACCGCCAGCCUCCCAACAAUUGGGUUUCUCAUUUCCAGGGGAGUGCCUGGCAAUGGGACGAACACACCCAAGAGUAUUAUCUGCAUCUAUUUGCGGUCGAGCAACCCGACCUCAACUGGGAACACCCACCUGUCCGCAAGGCAGUGCAUGAUAUCAUGCGAUUCUGGCUCAACAAGGGCUGCGACGGCUUCCGCAUGGACGUUAUCAAUUUCAUCAGCAAGGAUCAGAAAUUCCCUGAUGGUCCUAUCAAUGAUCCGAGAACCCCCUGGCAAUCGGGUGAUAAGUGGUAUGCCAAUGGCCCACGCUUGCAUGAGUACCUCCAGGAUCUUGGCAAGAUUCUCAUUGAAUACGAUGCCUUCAGCGUGGGUGAGAUGCCAUUCGUCAACGACGAGAAUGAGGUACUCCGUGCGGUGCAGUUUGGUCGCAAUGAGAUCAACAUGAUCUUCAACUUUGCACAUGUGGACAUUGAUCAUGGCAAAUUUGGAAAAUUCGAACCUGGUAGCUGGAAACUCACUGAUUUGAAGGACUUCUUUGAGCGAUGGCAGACGUUCAUGUAUGAGAAUGAUGGAUGGAACGCACUGUACUGGGAGAACCAUGAUCAACCCCGCUCCAUUGACCGCUACACGAAUGCUAGUGAGGAACAUCGACUGGUAGCUUCCAAGAUGUUGGCCACUGCCCUGGCAUUGCAGGCUGGUACUCCGUUCGUUUACCAAGGACAAGAACUGGGAAGCAGGAAUGUGCCCAAAUCAUGGGGCAUUGAGGAAUACAAAGACAUUGAUUGUCUCAACCACUGGAAGAAAAUACCAAAAGAAGACACCGCGGCCCAGGCAAUUGCGAUGCAAGAAUAUCAGAAGAAGUCACGCGACAACGCCCGAACUCCAGUCCAGUGGUCAGCGGCUGAGAAUGCCGGAUUCACUGGACCUGGCGUUAAGCCCUGGAUGUCUGUGAACACAGAUUACGUGCGGAUCAAUGCCGAAGCGGAAAUCAAGGACCCUAACUCAACAUAUCAUUACUGGGCGACUGUGCUCAAAUUGCGCAAGGAGUACCUUGACAUCUUUGUGUAUGGCAAUUUCACACUUUUGGAUAAGCCAAGCCAGAAGAUCUUUGCGUACACUCGCCAGUAUGGCGACCAGAAGAUCUUGGUUGUGUGUCAUUGGACAGACAAGACUCUGGAGUGGGAUGCCGCGAGCAACGGUAUCACUAGCGUGAAGCAGGUUUUGCUUAAUACUUAUGAAGGCGUUGAGUUGGCUUCCCAGCGAUUCACCGGUGAACAGUGGGCACUUCGGCCAUUUGAGGCUGUUGUAUUGCUCGUCUGA